CCGUUGAAGCCUCUGCCUGCGAGUCAGGUUUUCUGAUCGAUAGCUAUCAAGCUUGGAGUCACUGAGGUCAGAUGGUCUUGGAGGGAGAGGCAAUCGGGAGCAGCCGUGCCCCUCCCGACACCACCCGGUGUGACUAGUUGUAGCGAGGAGGGGCCUCGCGCCCAUCAGGCUGGACAGUCCCCACGUCGCUCCCACCCUGCUGCCAAAACGCAGCUGCUCGGGGCACAGAGCGCAGCACCACAGAGACAGACACGCCGCGCCUGUGGAGCCUUAGCAACCCGCUCCUUUGAAAGGACAUUCUACGUGCAUCGGGAAAGGAGAAGGGACACUGGACUCAACAGCUUCUCUCAGGACCAGUGACCGGGUCCUGCCCUUGGACACCCAGGCGAGAGUAACCACUGGCUUGGGAACUGAGCGAAGAAAAAAAAUCUAGGGGUUUGGAGAAGUCGGAUUCAAAAGAAAUGUCGAAAGAUAUCCAGGGCAGCCACCGGAGUCCGGAAGCUUAAUAGCCACCGGGUCACCGUGACCCCGGGAACGACAGUGACUGACAAGCGCACAGACCAGGCGCUCGCCAUCAUCCACGGGUCUGCCCGCUGGAGCCGCCUCCACGGAGUGGGACCCGGCUGCAGACGUCCACCGAGCCGGCCAGAUAGCGACAUGCAGCGAGCACUCCCCAGACUGCCCCAGCUGGGGAACCUCCUGGGCGGCGCAGCGCGACGGUGACCCGCGCGGGUGCGAGGGGUGUGCCCGGCCCCGCCUGCGCGCCCCUCCCCGCGGUGGCCGCGCAUCCAGGGGCGGCGCGGAGCCGAGCCGCUCGCCCAGUCGCCAGUGCCCGCGAGCGCCGCGCCUGCUCGGGGAAUCCACUUCGCCGCUAGACGCUCCUCGUGUUCUCUCGCUCCCUUCCCGGCUGCUUUCUAUGGCUCUGACUCUGCGGCCGGAGCCUAACCACUAAGGGAGAAACUUUUCCUGCUGUUUCUUCUCCCCACCCCUUUCCAGGAGAGGAUUAAAAGUUGCAAGAACUGGUGCCGCCCGUGUCACUUGGGUACUCGCUGGUGAGUUCCGAGUCUCAGCCAUGUGCACCAACAUAGUUUACGAGUGGCUGAAAGCGUUACAGCUCCCGCAGUACGCUGAGUCCUUCGUGGAUAAUGGCUACGAUGACCUGGAAGUGUGCAAGCAGAUCGGAGACCCGGACCUGGACGCCAUCGGGGUGCUGGCUCCCGUGCACCGCCGGCGCAUCCUAGAGGCUGUGCACCGGCUGCGGGAACAGGAUGCGGCCGCUGCCGGCCUCUACUUCACACUUGAACCGCAGCCCGUGCCCCCGGCACCGCUGGUGGAAGCGGUGCCCCCAGGCCGCCGGGGGGAGCCAUGUGGCAGCUCAGCCCAGGGCACUCGCGGGGACCCCCGUGGCCAGCCGGGCGCUCCCCGCAGCAGGGAGCUGGUGAGCUACCCUAAGCUGAAGCUGAAGAUCAUGAUCCGGGAUAAGCUGGUCCGCGAUGGCAUCCACCUGAGCAAACCCCCAUACUCGCGCAAGGUCCCAAUGGCCGGCAUCCUAGAGUACUUAAUGAAUUGGCCGAAGUCAUCACAGAACCACUAGAUAUCAUUUUUGAGAGGCCGUGGCGGACUGAUGAGAUGCGGAAGACUGGAAAGGGGCGUAUUUAGGACCUUCUUUCACAAAGGGAACUGGAUGGUGACUCUGCAAACACUUAUCAGCUUAACGUUUUCUCGGAAAAUUCUGGAAUUAUCAACUUAGUUAGCCGAGUAAUACUCUUGGAGUAGUCAGGAGUAAGGCAGUGACCGACCAUCUGUGGAAAUAUAUUGAACUUGGUUUUCAAUGGACACUCCAUGCAGGAAGAAGUCUGAUACAUCUCUUGGAAUUUCUCUCCUUUGCUCUUGGAGUUUUUCACUCUCAUAGAUAGGGUUGAUUAAGACUUGUGGGAAAUUACUGAUUUUAAGUAUACUACAUAAAAGUAGGUUUCUUACAAUAGCUACUUAAUUAUAUAGUUUUCAAAUUAGCCUCUGUCUUGAGAAAAGUAACUUUCAUUUUAUGUUUUAAUGUACAUGUUAUGUUACUUCAUAUAGGGCCUUGUUUUCAUUAAGUUACAAUAUUUCAUAUAAUUCUAUAUAAACUAGUUUGGUGAAGGAACUCUUACUUUAGGUGCCUUGUAUAGUGAUUUCACAUGUAAGUAUAACCAUAACACAGACAGAUUAAGGAAGAAAUUGUUUUCUGACUUUUAAAGUGUAAUCUGGUAGAAGGAUGACUGUUACAUUAGGAGUACCAUGUCCUGAUACACAUCAGUUAUUCAUAUUCUUCUUGACCCUUGCCCACCUUCCCAAGUUUCUUUCUCUCAUCCCACCCAUCUUCAUGAGCUUCUGAUACCAGGUAGUGAGCAGGGAUGUCAGCCUUGGCAAUGGGCAAGAGGAGCCUUUUCUGCACAUCUUUGCUCAUGGAAAAUAAAGGAAAGGAGAGGGAGGGGGAAGGAAACCUGGAGUAUAAUUUUUUUUCUCAUCAUUAUUUCCUUUGGGUGUUGGUAGUCUGCUUUUCUGCUAAGAAAAUGCAACCAUGAUGAUGGGGUCUAAACUUCAUUGAGAAAAGGCUAUAGGUGAUUUAACACUGUUAACAAGCAACCGGGACUACGAGUUUGGAGAGACCCUCAGCUGUACUGUACUGUGCUGUACUGUACUGUGCUGUACUGUAGAGCCACCCUUUCACUACUCAGAAGUACAGCACAGAUGAAAGCUUGUGCCACUAUAAUUAUGGACACAAACAGAAAACUUUUAAAGGCAAGAGCUUGAUGUUCACUUUGUCUCUAGAAAUAGGUAGGCAAUUAAGAAGGGAUUACAUCUCCAGAGGCGCUCAUGACAGAAUACUGUUUUUUAAAAAAAAUUCAAAGUUUAACCACUUGAGCUGCCUUCAGGGGUGAAUUUAGGCACUGUGCAAAGCCUUUCUCUGGCUUAAAUACAGAUGUAAGGAAAUUAACUUCUAAGAGUACAUGUGAGUUGCCCCCUAUGAGCUGCAUACAAUCAACUGCUUGUCACCUUUUCAAAUAAGCUGAUCUGUAAAAUACCUGUUAGAUUUUUUGAAUGAGGUGAGGGUGUCUGCAUAGAUUACUGAUAUGAUUUAUUGUGAUAAUAAACGGCUUCCUGGUUGAGACCUCAUUUCCAGGCGCCGCGUCUGUGGCAGAUUUAUUUUACAGAUGUACAUUUGCAUGCGUUUGUUGAACUGUGGCUAGCAAGGACCCAGUUUCUGAAAAAUCUAUUAUUUUCUCCGGAGGCAAUAGAAUAAAAUCUUCUGUGACCAAAAGGGCCCUUGGGUCCUUUCGAGCUUUAUUUUCAAUUUGAAUGAUGUCCGCCUUCAAUUAUUUGGCUAAAUCUAAAUCUUGUCUCCAUGCUGCUAUUAGAAUUUGAAAUUAACAAUAAUCUACCUAAGUUAUGAGUCACAAUUUAGGAUGGUGGAAUAGCCAGUGGGUCAGGAAGAUGUCUCAGGUAAAGCUAGAAGAAUAAAACUCUGGAAGAGAACCAAUGAAAAGAAGCUUGCGAAUUCCUUUGUAUUGAAUCCAGAUGAAGUAAGAAGACAUCAAAGGAAUUCUGACUUUGAAUUGCAUCUAUAGGGACUUAUCUUCAAGAGUCAAUUUCUCAUUGUGUCUUUAUCCCCAUUUAUCUAAGCACUGGUGAUUUCCUUAAUAUCUAAAUGUAAAUGAUGAAAAGAUAACACCAAGACUCAAAUCUUGAUCAUGUCAAUGAUUCAUAGUUCCUAGAAAAUUAAGUCAUAAGUGACAGGGUUUUAGUUUAUAAUAUCGAGAGGUUUAGAGAAUAAUUGCAAAAGUUUCUACAGCUUAAGAAAAUUUGAGUGUAUGAAGAAAUCUCACUUAUGCAAAGUGUUGCUUUGCUCAGUAUGGUGGUACACAUCCAUAAUCCCAGCAAAAUUCCAAGUUCAAGACCAGCCUAGGUAAGCAAAUCAGAACAAAACAGAGUAAAAUAGGAGGGAGUAUGGAGACAGCUUAGUUGGUCAAGUUUGUACCAUGCACGCAAGGGGACCAGUGUUUGAACCUCAGAACCCAUAUAAAAAAGCCAGAUAUGCAGUACUGGGGAGGAAGAGAGCAAGAUCCCCAUGAACUGCUGGCUGGCCUCCUAGUCUAUUUGGUGAGUUAUAGGCCAAUGAGAGACCCUGUGUUGAAACAAUCAAAACAGAGACACCAAAAUAAGAUCUGCCUGCAGAGGACAUCUCUGCCUUACACACACACACACACACACACAUACACACACAAUCACACAAUGAUGGAGGAAGGGGGGUGUCAGAGAGAGAUUUCUAGAUAUAGAAAACAGCAAUUUAAGGGAAAAACAAAGUCAGAAAUCUCAGGAAAAAGAAACCCUGAACUUUUGGCCACAAUAUAGUUUCUCAGUUCAGAUCAAGCAGUUUCUUAGAAGAGAGAAGUUGAACUUGAACUGGAGGAUGAGAGUGAGCACUACAUUUUUCCUUUGAAAUUGCACAGAUUGUAGUUGAAAUUCUAGAACUACCCCAGGAGUUUUCCUGUGCUGGCACUGCUAGGUUCCUAAGCUGUAGUAUAGCUUGAGGAAUCAUGGGAAAUAAUUCUGCAACUUAAAGCUUCUUUUCUCUCUUCCAUAACUGGCAGAAAUAAGCAUCUCCUGCACUUCUUAAGAGGCUUUCCCUUCCUGAAUUUCAGUUAUUUUAUUCAUUUCCUCUUAUGUGGAAGAGAUUACCUUAAGACUAACUAGAGAAUUCAAGUAUAUGUUGACAUGUCCGGCCACUGUCCCGUAAAUAGGGACUUUUGCUUUCUUUUGAGCUUAGAAAAGCUACCUUGUGCAGUCACAAUAGGAGUUCCGUGAAUGACUAGCAGCUGAAUGGAGAGAAUUAGACUGAACUACAAUAGGCUAGGGAGGUGGCUCAGCCAGGAAGAUACUGCCCUUGUAAGCACACAGGGCAGAAUUAGACCCCAGAAUCCUCAUUUGUAAAGAAUAACAUGGUGGCAAGUACUUGUAAUCCAGUGCUAGGGAGGUGAGGAAAUUUGGAUCCCUGGAGCUAGCCUGGCCUACUUGAUGAGCUCCAGGUUAGUGAGAGACCCUGUUUUUCUUUCACACACCUAAGGUGGAUGGCAUCUGAGGGACAACAUUUGAGGUUGUCCUCUGGUCUACACCCUCUCUCUCCCUCUCCCUCCCUCCCCCCUUCUCUCUCUCUCUCUCUCUCUCU